AUGUCUAUCCACCAAAAUAUCUCCAGCUUACAAUCCAGGUAUCUGAAAUCUUGCAAGGAGCAUGGACUCGCACCAAAUUCUGGAGUUUUAAUGUGGCUUCUUAAGGCUGUUGAACAUGGUAACAAAUACCAGAAAUGCACUAUUGAAGUCUGUUUAGACCAACUUGAGGAUCAUGAUUUAUCUCCACUUAUGGACAUCCUCCUUGACGAUCACUGCCAUGGAAUUGACAUUCUCUGUGAAUCAUCAUGUAGUUUGAACCCAGAAUCUAUUUUAUCACUAAUGAAUAAAGCUAACUCAAAACUCCGAGUUGUCGAUCUCCAAAAUGCUUCUCUUGGGAAGGAUAUUCUGUGUGAUAUUUUCCAGAUUGGUUUGCAAUGCCAGAUACUCAAAGUCAGAUUCAAUGAAUUCAGAAAUCUCAACUUUCCUGGAAAGUUUAUGCAGUUACUGACCCUUAAUCUGGACUUCUGUUCACUCACUAACUUGGAGAUUGAUUGUUUUACAUUUAUGCCAAAUUUGAUGCACAUCUCCAUGUGUGGAACAAGAAUUACAAAUCUUUGGACAACUACUGCGGCUUUAUCCCGAUUAAAGUCCUUAGUAGAACUCCGGUUUCAAAGUUGUCCCUGCUGCAAAGGAACCGAAUCAUGUCCUGCUUUAAAACCAAAGAGAGGAGGUCCUAAUUGGCAAACAACCGCCGCAGCAGCCCAAAUUGCACAUUCUAAUGCUUUUCAACGUAAGUCUGCCAACUUGGUUUUCGAGGAUGAUAUGCAGGUAAAUGAUUUAACUCAAAGAUUAUUAGCUCAGACCUGUAGAAGGGAAAGAUUGGUAGAAGAAGUAUCAGCAGUUCGAUCUUCAGAUGACCACAAGCAAUCAAUCAUUUUGAGCAAGCUGCAUAUUGAGGUUUCUCCUAAAAAAUUGGAAAUUCAGGAGAGUGAGUCUCCCACUAGUGUUCUUGACUUGGAGGAUAUUGAAGAUUCUCCAGUUUCUGUUGCUUCGAAAUUGAAUGUACUACAGAAUCCUUCUCCCAUAUGUUUUGAGAACCACUACAGGGAGUACAUGAUCGCUUCACUACCAUCAUUGCAAGUGCUAGAUAACUUUCCAAUAAAACAGGAGCACAGAGAAACUGCAGAAACUGUCUUCUCAAAAUAUUUUGAGUAUUUACCCUAUAAGCGUCAUUACAAGGAGAGCGUUACCAGUUUACUGCAUAUGCGUGAAAUGGGAGCACGUGGAGUGUAUAAAACCUCGACAUGGAAACGGCAUUCAUCUCCUCAUCACAAGAGUAAACAUUUCUACUCCAGAUCACUUAGCGCCGCCAAGCUUGGCUCACGGCCUGUCCUGUCUCCUGUUUCUCAUGGUGACAGAAGGUUCCGGCCUAGGCAGUUUGAGUAUCACCCGUCUGUCGCUCAUCUGAUGGGAUUCGGAACACUGGAUGGUGAAGUUAUUGUCAUCAAUCAUGAAAAAGGAAAAGUUCUUAAUCACAUUGCUGCCUCUAGAGCUAAUUGCUCUGCGAUUUCACUUUGUUGGUUUAACAAACACCCAUCCAAGCUCCUUGCGGGAUUUGAUAAUGGUUUCUUGAGAUUGUACGACAUCAACCAAGCGACAGCAGAUAGUGAAGACAGCUUGGCAUCCAGCAGAACCUCAAGCUAUGACGAUUUUCAUCAGUUGACUUCUUUACAUGUUAAUGCAACUGAUGAAAAGUUCCUAGCAAGUGGUUAUUCGAGGAAGCUUGCUGUUUAUGAUGUUUGCACUGGCAGACGCUUGCAUUUGUUCACUAAUAUACAUCAAGAAACCAUUAAUGUGGCUAAAUUUGCCCAUCAUUCUCCGCACCUGCUGGUUACUUCUUCGUAUGACCGGCAUGUUAAAAUGUGGGAUAUAAGACAGAAUCCAACACAACCUUGCUAUACUGCUUCAAGUACCGGAGGAAAUGUGAUGGUUUGCUUCUCCCCUGAUGAUCUUUAUCUGCUUGUUUCGGCUGUGGACAAUGAGGUGCAGCAACUUUUGGCUGUUGAUGGCAUACUUCACACCAGGUUUGAAAUUUGCCCCUCGGGAAGUUCACAUAAUUUCACCCGAUCAUAUUACAUGAAUGGAAGAGACUACAUUGUGAGUGGAAGUUCUGAUGAAUCUGUUGUAAGAAUUUGCUGUGCCCAAACGGGAAGGCGACUAAGAGAUGUCCAUUUGGAGGAUAGUAGUCUGGAAAGCUCUAUUUAUGUGCAGUCCUUAAGAGGCGAUCCAUUUCGUGUAACACUUUCACAUGGCGAUAUUGGCAGGCUAUGCUCGUUCCAGCACACCAAGCGAGAUCAUCAAGGUCAAUUUACUGGCUUGAAAUCUCCAUCCCCAAACAGCUUCACUUUAUUUCUCAACUCUUCUACUUCAUUCACGUUCUUCAACAUUCACUGUGCUAUCGUUGCCAGCAAAGCUGUCAUUGGCAUAAUGGGUCUGUCAAGUGUACAUUAA